AUGUACCAUACAGUAUUAUUUUACUUCACCUUGAUUGUUGCAAGUUUAAAUGCUGCGGAGGAAGAACCUGCCAUCGCCGUGUGGGGGGAAUUAGAAAGAACUAUUGCGAACGUAGAAAAACAAGUCAAAAUUCUGAAAAAUGAUGCCAAAAUAAAAGAAGCAAUAAGUGAACUUGAACAAAAACUAUCCAACAGCAACGAACAAAUCAGCAAAUAUGUGAAAUGUAUAAAUGAACACGAAAAAGCUCAAUCCUAUUCAACAUUUAUCACAAUUUCUGAUUAUUCGAAUUUGAAAAAAUGCUUCGAGAAUAAACACAAAGAAAUAGGAGUGAAGAGAACUGUAAAGUCUCAUCGAGCUUGCAAAAACUGGAUAACAUUGUCUAAAGAAGAUACCAAGAAUCUGGAUACUCUUAUUUUCAAGAAACACAAUGAUUUGUUUUUACUGAACGCCUUAUUAUUUGACUGCGAAUUGUAUUCUCGAAAUGUUAUUCAAACAAUUAAUCUAUUUGAAGGAAUGAACCGCAAACGUCAAUUCUGA